UCGUUGGGGAAAAACGCAAAAAGUUCGCCAAAAUCGAAACCCCUUAAGCCCUCGAAGAAUCUCCAUCUCUUCCUAGCUGACCAAGCUUCUAACUUCAAGCCUCUAAUGGCCUCUCAUCACUAUCCUCAUCAAACCCAUCUUUCCCCCGCCUGUUGCUGCGGCGGCGAUUUCACCACUCCCUGCUUCCAAACCCACCACCACUCUCCUCCGCUGCCACCGUCUCCCUCCGACCCCCUUCUUCAAGCUCUUGCUUCUCAAAUCCUUCAAUCCGCCCAGUUUCAGCAGUUUUCUCAGUACCCAAGUCUUCGUACCCAGAAAUUUCAAUCGCAUUACCAAUUUCAACCCCAAAAUCAGAAGCGCUUUCGCGAGCAAGAACUUCCCCAAGUCGUCCACCAUCCUACCAUCUCCUCUCUUCUCUCCCGCAUCGAAGCCCUUGAAUCCUCUCUCCAUCGAGUUUCUGGUUCUCAUGUUUCUUUGCAAUCUCUCCGGCAAGUUGCCGCGAGUACAAUCCAGACACAUUUUCGAGCGUUCCUUGUCCGCAGAUCGCGAGCACUUAGAGAGCUCAAAGAUCUCGCCAUCAUCAAGUCUAGAUUUGAAUCUCUCCAAUCGUCGCUGUCCACUGAACUCUACUUUGAUCGUAACGCCAUUUCUCUCGAAAUAAUGGAUUUGCUUCUCCAUCUGGACUCCAUUCAGGGCAGUGAUCCAAUGGUCAAAGAUAGCAAGAAGUGCAUUAUCAGAGAUUUGGUUCAGCUUUGGGAACGGAUUGAUUCCUUUGCUGUGAAGAGGAACAGACUUCCACUUAAGGCAAUGAGAAAUGCGAGGUUAGUUCAAAAUGUCAAUAAAUCUAUUGUUUCUAAUCCUAAGCUUAAAAGCUAUGAGAAUCAUAAAGAGACUAUUGAGGAAUUAAGGAACAGAGUUGAAAAGAUUUGUGAGCAGAUUUUUGAGAAUGAUGGGAAAGAACUGAAUCUUAAAAGGUUUCACCAUGUUGGUGACGUUGAUGAGGGGAAGGAGGAGGAGUCCCCUAGAACAAUUAUCAAAGAUAACAAUCAAACUCAAAAUGGGAAGCUUGCAAAAGGGCAACAUAUUGGAGCUAGAGUGAAGAAAAGUGUUGGAUUUGCUGAGAAUGGAAAUAUCUGUAGGGUUUUAGGCAGCAACAGUCCACAUGAAGAAGAUUAUGGUGUUUUGGAUGAAGAAAGGGAUUCAAGUGAUGAGCUUGUGGAGAUUAAGGAGUUUUCUGAGGUAGCUGAGGAAGAUGGUGAUAAUGAAGAAGCACAUGGAGGAGAUGGUGGAUCUCCAGAGGUCAGUGAUGGAGAAAGAAACCGUCGAAGGACGAUGACCAGUGGCCAUGGAGGUGUUGCAUUCUCUGCUCCCUUGCCAUUGAAGAUGGAGAAUAAAGCGGAGGUUAUGAAGAACAGAAAGUGUGUGAAAAUUCUGGGAUGAGUAUGUAGUUUCUAACCAACUGCUAGUUUUCUUUUUGGAUUUGGAAAUCUCUAUUGGGUAUGGCAUCUGGUUUGUUCUCAUUGUUUGAAGAAGGUUUGAUCUUGUAGUUGAUGCUUCUGGAGUUUGUAACACCUUCCUGGAUAUAUACAACCAAUUUUUAUGAAUUAACAUAAUAUUUAUGAAUUUUCUUCAACA